GGUAAUUCUAACAUGGAGGAGUUUCCUAAACAGGCAGAUGAAAGACCUAUAACUAUAUUAUAAAUUAACUGUACCGAUAUGUAACUGGUAUACAUAGGUAGCUAUACAUUUGAAGUAUGUUUAAUUUAAGAACAAAUACCGUCGGACCAUCAUCGACCUUACAGAGGCUGUGUUUCCUGUACCUUCUUCACCUGGGAAGGAGGAUCCCUCAACAUUUUCAACUGCCACAGGUCAAACCAUUCCUCCGACCGGGAACCACCCGCAAUGUUACCACAGGACAUUAUUUAGCCACCCCUGUCACUCCUUCAAAUGACUCUAACGUAGAAAUUAAACAACAGACUGCAUCCACGGACGACGACAGGCAUGACACACCUGCAGACCACCAACAGACAUCAUCUACAUUCAGUAGCCCCGAAGCAGGCGUGGGUCCCUCCACACCCCAUGCUCCCUCCCGGGCCCAGGGCCCUCCACCUGCCCCCACCCACUGCUGUAUGAGUGGGUGUCAUAACUGCGUGUGGAUUGAGCACACUGAGCAGCUGCUGGCCUACUACAGCAACGGGGGGCUGGGGAUGGAGAAGGCCUUGGCCGCCAUUGAAGAAAAUGUACCGGAUGAGAACCUGAAGGCGUUCCUCAAAAUGGAGAUCAGGAUGAUGAGGAAGUAGUUUCUAAUGUGGCUUUGCAGCAGUGAGCUGAUGGGGGCUUUUCAGUGCACUUUAUAAAACCACUCCGAUGGGUUUGAAUAGUGUUGUGCAUUUCAGCCUGUGUGUCGGGAAGUACGAUAUUCCACUUGGUCACGGGUAUUUCAACUAGCAAAGUUUUUGUCAUUACAAAAUCUUGCAACUUCUUACCUAAUCUAGUAUUUUACCAGAGUACAUUUUAUUUAUGUAUAUAUUCAGUUGCCUACUUUUGUGGCACGCUGUGUUAAUGCAGUUAGUCGUGUAAGGAUUCAGUAUUUUUGAAGAAAUGUUGAUUGUAUUAUUUUUGUGAUAGAUGAGUUGCUGCUGUUCAGUGACAAAGGAACCAGAUGUACUCCUAAAUUACUUACUUUUGGAAUAAUAUAAUACGCACAAUUAUGUUCAUGUUUUAAUACAGUUUGAGGCAUGUGAACAGAGUUUAUUUUUAUAUGCUAUUGGUUGAUGAGUUUUGUUAAUCUUGUUUAUUCCCUAAACUGUAAGUGCAUGUUGAUGAUGAACAAUAUUUUCAUUUCUAAUAAAUGUUGUACUUGUUUGAAUGA